AUGUCUCCCCCGACGGCACCUCCGCAACUCGAUGAAGCUCGGCACCAGACCCAGGAAGAGAAGUUGGAUGAUGUGGUAGAUAGACAGGGGCCCGCAGCUACAGUUUUGGAAGACACCCUCUUAGAGAAGACUUCUCGGUCUGAGGAGAGGGGCAAUCAUGAAGACAUGACGAGCGAAGCGGGGCAGGCUAUCAAGUCUGAGGCAGAGGUUGGAGAGGCGGUAGAAGUGGCAGAUAAGGACCAGGUUGUAGAGGAAGAGCCAAAGUCUGCUCCUGCAGCGGGACGGCAGGUGGAACCUACCCAACCAAUAUCUGCGGAGCUCGAGGACAAGCUCGCAAACAAGACAGAGAGCAUGGCUCGAUCUUCAACAACAACACCGCCACCAGAACCCACACCGAAAGCCGCUGGCAAGUUACCUGUCCGCUCGCCUUCGCCCCCACCUCCGCCUCCGAAAGACGACAAAUACCUCUCGACGAGUAAUGUACCCAGCCGUACCACAUCUCCACUAUCACAAGGGAAGUCGAGUGGGAGGAACUCCGAGGACAACGCGGCAGCAGAAUACGCUGCGAAGUACGAUGGCGGGGAAGAUGCCGUCGAUGACUCGCAGACAGAGAUCCAGAGCAUCAUGGAGCAGUUCGAGGGGAGCGGAGGGCCGGGCGCAGACGACAUCAUGUCUCCACGGCUAGAGCUGGCAAGCCCCAUGCUGGAGUCCCCAUCAACCGCCUUUCCACCCCGACGAUCGAGUCUGGUGCCACUCGAUAAGCCGCUCCCCACCCCAGCCGACGACGCGGCUUCGAUUAGCCCCCUACACUCUCCGCCCCCAAGAACAUCUUCAUUGUAUCGCGUGGGGACCAACACAUCCUUCGAAGAGCCCACCUCGCCUAGCGCACACGCUUCCAAGUACAAACCUAUCCAGCCAGCUCCAGAGCCAGAACCAGAUUUACCCUUCGAUUUUCAUCGUUUCCUGGAGCAGCUGCGUCACCGCACAGCAGACCCAGUCGCCAAAUUCCUGCGUUCCUUCCUCCUUGAGUUUGGCAAGAAGCAAUGGAUGGUGCACGAGCAGGUCAAAAUCAUUGGCGACUUCCUCGAGUUCAUCAGCAAGAAGAUGGCACAAUGCGAGGUAUGGCGGACUGUCUCUGACGCCGAGUUCGACAACGCAAGAGAAGGUAUGGAGAAGCUCGUCAUGAACCGGCUAUACAACCACACCUUUUCGCCGGCGAUACCACCCCCAGAGCCCGCAUCUCCGCGGAAAGGAAGGCGAAGACAAGAGCCACCAGGCCCAGGGCGUAGAGGCCAGCACCAAGAAGACGUCGAGCGAGACGAAGUACUGGCUCAGAAGGUGCGAAUAUACAAGUGGGUCAAAGAAGAGCACCUGGACAUCAAGCCCGUCGGAGACAAGGGCAGAAAGUUCCUACAUUUGGCUCAACAAGAGCUACUAAAGAUCAAGAGCUACCGGGCCCCAAGGGACAAGAUCAUUUGCAUCUUGAACUGCUGCAAGGUCAUCUUUGGCUUUCUUCGCACGUCAAACUCGGACCAGUCUGCCGACGCCUUCGUUCCGCUCCUCAUCUACACCGUACUACAAGCGAAUCCCGAUCACCUCGUUUCCAACGUACAGUACAUUCUCCGCUUCCGGAACCAGGACAAGCUUGGCGGUGAGGCAGGCUAUUACAUCUCGUCACUCAUGGGCGCUGUGCAGUUCAUCGAGGGCCUUGACAAAACUUCACUUACCGUCACCGACGAAGAGUUCGAGAAGCACGUAGAAGAAGCCGUAUCUGCCAUCGCCGAACGCCACGCAAAGGAAGAAGCAGAGUCAUCCAACCCACCCCCACUCCUACAUCCCACCACACCGAACCACAGACGCAUGCCCUCACCACACUACCACCACAUCGUAGAAAAGGCAACCCCCCUCCGGCCCGAACUCACGCAACGGAACUCCAUGGAAGCAGAACGCGCCGGGGGCACACGUCGCUCGACCAGCGUGAAAGGCCGCAAGACAGAAACGGAUCCGCCCGAGGAGGAAAACGCCGCUGUAGCAGGCUUACUACGAACGAUACAACGCCCCCUCAGCACAAUCGGGCGCAUCUUCUCCGACACCGAUACAAGCACCACCACCACAUCAGGCCCAGCCACCACACCCCAGCAGGGCAACACACCGCGGCCCUCUUCAGAUUUCCCCGGCCAAACAGCGACAUCGCAGAUGAACGAGAAGCAGCAACGACCCUCCCACGAAGAAGAGCGGCACACGAAACAUAAACUCUCAGCCGACGAGGCAGCGGCACGGCAGGCCGCCGCGGAAGCAAAGCAGGCGAGGAGGAUACAGCAGCAGGAGCACAAGGUAGUGGUCGAGACGCUGGCGGGCAUGUUCCCACAGCUAGAUCGGGAUGUCAUCGACGACGUGGUGCGGCAGAAAGAGGGCCGUGUCGGUCUAGCCGUGGAUGUAUGUCUCGCGCUCGCGAACCCAUAG